AUUAUCUACCAAUCUUCGAGUAAUUAACCCAAUGGACCCGUUGCGGCGAAAUCCACUUCUGGCGGUGAUCAAGUGCGAGAUGUGUCCCAACCGAGUGUACCACUUCGUGACCGGACUGUGCGCCCGCUGCCUGACCAUUUGGUGCGGAAGGAGGCAGCUGGACGGGAUGCGGUUCAGCUUGGAUCAAACGCGGUCGGUCAUUGUUAGCAUGGUCCGGGGUCCUCAGGACCUGAGCCAAAUGGACCCCGUUUUCCGGCAAGCGCUGGAUGAGGUCAGGUUGCAGCGCCUCCAGAGGGUCGACCUUUUCCAAAAGUUGCGCCACCAGUUCCAACUCGGAGUGCUCCACACACCGUUUCACGACCCACAGCCCCAAUUUGUCACCGAGGAAGAUUAUUGGAAUGUUCCGGAAAUCACCGAUUCAGAUUUGCAGACGUUUCAGAACGAAGUUGACCUGCUGAGCGAUGUGCCCCGGCAGUCACUAACUGACCUUGACCCGAACAACAAUGAAUUUGAUUAUUUUAAAGAAUAGAAUUUAUGUGCAAAUGUUUUCUGUUAGACAGAAACAAAUUAAUUGCAAAAUACACUCAUUUUAAAAUGAAAUAUAACGCUUUUAAUACGGAUUGAAUAAAUACUAAA